CCCAGCAAAAUGCGACCGGCGGGUGUGCACCGACUCAGGCGAGUGUUGCCACAGCCAGUGCCUGGGCAGCUGCACGGAGCCAGACAACGACAUGGCGUGUGCGGCCUGCCAGAACUACUUCCACGAGGACCGCUGCGUGGCCAGCUGCCCCCCGGACACGUACAAGUUUGAGGGCUGGCGCUGCAUCACCAUGGACCUUUGCGCCCGCGUGCACCUGCCCAGCGACUUUGACUUUGUCAUCCACGCGGGGGAGUGCAUGCCCGAGUGCCCGUCGGGUUUCACCCGCAACGAGACCAACAGCAUGUUUUGCACCGCCUGUGACGGACUAUGCGAUAAGAUCUGUGACUCGAAGGUCAUCGACUCUGUGGACGCCGCUCAGUCUCUCAUGGGCUGCACUGUCAUCAAAGGCAACCUGCAAAUCAACAUCCGCCGUGGCAGUAACAUUGUGUCAGAGCUGGAGAGCUUCAUGGGCCUGAUCCAGACAGUGACGGGCUAUGUGAGGAUAAGACACUCCCACACGCUGGGCUCUCUGUCCUUCCUCAAGAGCCUGCGCUACAUUCAUGGGGAGGAGCUCUUUGAUGGGAUGUAUGCCUUCUCUGCCAUCGACAACCAGCACCUGCAGUACUUGUGGGACUGGAGUCAACACAACCUCACCGUCAAGGCCGGAAGUCUCUUUUUCCGCUUCAACCCCAAACUCUGCAUGUCGGAGAUCCACAAGAUGUGGGAGAACACAGGCGUCGCCAAGAAGCUAGAGGCAGACGACGUCCGCAACAACGGGGACAGGGCGAGCUGUGAAAGCCACAUCCUGAAGUUCAAGUCCAACAGCACCAUGAGCAACAGGAUUAAGUUGACCUGGGAGCGCUACCGGCCCCCAGACUACAGGGACCUCAUCAGCUUCAUUGUCUACUACAAGGAGGCACCGUUCCAGAACAUUACGGAGUUCGACGGUCAGGACGGUUGUGGCUCGGACAGUUGGAACAUGGUGGACGUCGACCUUCCCGAGGACAAGAACUCCGACCCCGGUGUCCUGCUGUCGCCUCUCAAGCCCUGGACCCAGUACGCCAUCUUCGUCAAGGCCAUCACCCUGCAGGUUGACGAUAAACACAUCCUAGGAGCCAAGAGUGAGGUGGUGUACAUCCGCACCAGCCCGUCGCAGCCAUCCAUGCCAAAGGACAUGCGCUCAUACGCUAACUCCUCGUCCAAGCUGGUGGUCCGCUGGUCGCCUCCCCUCUCGCCCAACGGUAACCUGACCUUCUACCUGCUCCGCUGGCAACAGCAGCCCGAGGACAAAGAGCUCUACAUGCACAACUACUGCUCCAAAGAGCUGAAGAUCCCAAUCCGGAUCUCCGCCACAGGCCUGUCCGACACCGAGGAGGACACCAAGCCCACCAAGCCGGACUCUUCCGGGCCAGAGAAGGGCUCCUGCUGCCGCUGCCCCAAGACCAAGGAGGAGAAGCAGAAGGAAAAGGACGACCGGGCCUACCGCAAAGUCUUUGAGAACGUCUUGCACAACGCCAUCUUCACGCCCAGACCUCCGGAGCGCCGGCGCAGGGAGCUGUUUGGUGUGGCCAACGGAACACUGGCUCGUGGCGCGACGGGCAACACCACAGGCCUGGAGGGCAACGCGACGGACAGGGAGCCCCCCGAGAAAGAGUACCCCUUCAUGGAGGACCGCACCAGGACAGAGUCCAUGGAGAUCACCAACCUGCAGCCCUUCACAGUCUACCGCAUCGACGUCCACGCCUGCAACCAGGAAGUGCGCAGCUGCAGCGCUGCUUCCUUUGUCUUCUCCAGGACCAAACCUGCAGAAAAAGCGGAUGACAUUCCCGGGGUUGUGCUCCUGGAGAGGGAUGAGAAGGUGGCGGGAUCGAUGGUGCUGCGCUGGCCAGAACCAAUCAGACCCAACGGCCUCAUCCUGAUGUAUGAGAUAAAGUACCGGUUGGGCAACGAGCCUGAGAAACACGAUUGCGUGUCGCGCCAGCACUACCGCACUAAAGGAGCUCGCCUCACCAAUCUGGCUUCUGGGAAUUACUCUGUCCGUAUGCGCGCCACCUCGCUAGCAGGGAACGGAUCCUGGACAGAGCCGGUGUUCUUUUACGUACCCCCACCGAAGAUGGACUACGACAGCGUGUUCUACCUGGUCAUAACUAUUCCCAUCCUAGUGGUAGUCAUGGUCGCCAGCCUCAUUACCGCCGUGUACUUUGUCAACAAGAAGAGGAACAGCGACAGACUGGGAAACGGUGUUCUCUAUGCUUCGGUCAACCCAGAGUACUUCAGCGCAGCUGAGAUGUAUGUGCCAGAUGAGUGGGAGGUGGCCAGGGAGAAAAUCAUCAUGAACAAGGAGCUGGGCCAGGGCUCUUUCGGCAUGGUCUACGACGGCAUGGCCAAGGGCGUGGUGAAAGACGAGGCAGAAACGCGCGUGGCCAUCAAGACCGUCAACGAGUCUGCCAGCGUGAGGGAGCGCAUCGAGUUCCUCAACGAGGCUUCCGUCAUGAAGGAAUUCAACUGUCACCAUGUGGUGAGGUUGCUGGGCGUGGUCUCUCAGGGACAGCCCACCUUGGUGAUCAUGGAGCUGAUGACCCGGGGAGACCUCAAGAGCCACCUGCGUUCACUACGGAAAGAGGACUCCGUGAGUCAGGUCUUGCCUCCGCUGAAGAAGAUGAUUCAGAUGGCAGGGGAGAUUGCGGACGGUAUGGCAUACCUCAACGCCAACAAGUUUGUCCACAGAGACCUGGCUGCCAGGAACUGCAUGGUGGCAGAGGACUUUACCGUCAAGAUCGGAGACUUUGGCAUGACCAGAGACAUCUACGAGACAGACUACUACAGGAAAGGAGGGAAGGGCCUCCUUCCAGUCCGCUGGAUGUCCCCAGAGUCGCUUAAAGAUGGCGUGUUCACCACAAACUCUGAUGUCUGGUGA